AUGGAUGGUCAUCAUCUACAUCAUCAUCAACAUCAACAACAUCAUCAACAACAACAACAUCAACAACAACAAAGACAACAACAACAACAACAUCAACAACAGCAUGUUCAAAACAUCAUAGGUACUAGCAAUCUUAACAUGGAUGUCACCGAUAGGUUCCCUCAAUGGAGCAUCCAAGAAACAAAGGAGUUUCUCAUGAUCCGUUCUGAGCUUGAUCAAACUUUCAUGGAGACAAAGAGAAACAAACAGCUUUGGGAAGUUAUCUCUAACAACAUGAAGGAAAAGGGUUAUCAUAGAAGUGCUGAACAGUGCAAGUGCAAAUGGAAAAACCUUGUUACUCGCUAUAAGGGAUGUGAAACAAUGGAGAUAGAAGCUACAAAGCAACAAUUUCCAUUUUACAAUGAGCUUCAAGCAAUAUUCAGUGCAAGGAUGCAAAGAAUGCUAUGGGCGGAAGCUGAAGGAGGAUCAAAGAAGAAAGGCAUGCAUGCAUCUUCGGAGGAAGAAGAAGAGUUAGGAAAUGAAGAAAGUGAAGGAGAUCAGAAAGGUAACAUUGGCAAAAAGAAGAAGAAAAAGGGAAAAAUGGUGGUAGGUGGUGGAAGAAACGAUGGUAGUAGUAGUAGUGGCAACAAUUUGAAGGAGAUUCUUGAGGAGUUCAUGAGGCAACAAAUGCAAAUGGAAGCUCAAUGGAUGGAAGCAUUUGAGGCAAGGGAGAAUGAGAGGAGGAUGAAGGAGAUGGAGUGGAGACAAACAAUGGAAGCAUUGGAGAAUGAGAGGAUGAUGAUGGAACAAAGAUGGAGAGAGAGAGAAGAACAAAGAAGGGUUAGAGAAGAAGCUAGGGCUGAAAAGAGAGAUGCAUUAUUCACUGCUCUUCUUGAUAAGCUCACAAGAGAAGAUAAGUAG